AUGGCCCCCUGGCUCUGGCCGUGCCUCCUGGCCACCCAGGCCCUGGCUGCCAACUUCCCCCCCAGGUACAGCCUCUACACCGGGGGGGCUGCCGCGCUCAGCCCCAUCCAGGCCACGGCCCCGCAGGGCUCCGCCGCAGCCCACAGCGGUGCCCGGGCCGCCAGCCGGCACAGGAACUGGUGUGCCUACGUGGUGACGCGCAGCGUGAGCUGUGUAGUGGAGGACGGCGUCGAGAGCUUCGUGAAGCCGGAUUACCAGCCCUGCGGCUGGGGGCAGCUCCAGUGCCCCCGCGUCCUGGCGUACCGCAGCUUCCUGCGGCCCCGCUACAAGGUGGCCCAGAGGACGGUGUCGGAGCUGGCCUGGCGCUGCUGCCAGGGCUACUCGGGCGAGGACUGCACCGAGGGGCCGGCGCCGGCAUCCCCCCUGCCCACCGGCCGCCCCCGGCCCCGGCCCGGCCGCCCCACGCUCUCCGGCUUCGGCAACCCCCUCAGCGGCCUGGGAGGCGAAGGUGGCGGGGAUGCGGAGAAGGUGCGGCGGCUGGAGGAGCAGGUGCGGCGGCUGAGCGAGCAGGUGGAGGAGCUGCGGGCCGGGCAGGAGCCGAUGGCGGAGCACCCGCGCCGGGCGGCGGACGGUGGCCCCGAGGGCGAGCAGCCGGCCGAUGCGGCCGCCCCUGCUGAGGUGCGGGAGGCGCUGAGCCACGUCCAGCGGCGGCUGGAGGAGCUGGAGAGCCGCCUGCGCCAUCAGGAGAGCAGCCGGGAGGGCCCGCCGGCGGCGGUGGGCCCAGGGGCAGCCACGGCGCUGCGCGAGCUGGAGCAACGGCUGCAGGAGACCUGCGCCGCCUGCGCGGCUGGCACCGAGGGGCUGCGACGGCAGGCAGCGGAGGACCGGGAGCGCAUGCGGGCGCUGGAGAAGCUGGUGGGCUCAGUGGACCAGCGCAACCGGGAUGCGGUGGAGACGGUGCAGCGGCACAUCAGCAGCCUGAGCAGCCGCCUGGCCCCCGCCGCCGCCCCGCCGGACGAGCUGCACCGGCGCCUGGCCGAGCUGGAGCGGCGCCUGGAGGGGCUGCCCACGGCCGUGGUGGGGCCGGGCGGGCAGGGGCCGGUGCUGGCCCGGCGGCUGGCGGAGCUGGAGGGACGGCUGAACGCCUCGCGGGCCGGCCCGUGGCCCCCCGAGCCCGAGGGGCGGCAGAGCGGGCUGCCGGGACGCCUGGCCAACCUGAGCCGGGCGGUGGAGGGGCUGGCAGCCAGCGGGGCACAGCGCAGCGCCCGCCUGACUGAGCUGGAGGGGCUGCUGGCCCGCUGCGGCCGGCCCUGCCCGGCCCCCCCCGAGCCAACGGCCGGCAGCCGGGACGGGCAGGACGGGCAGCUUGGCCCCCUCCUCCGGCAGCUGGAGCGGCGGCUGCAGGACACCGAGGGGCAGCUCCGGGCCCUGGGGGCCGGCGGGGACGGGCUGGCCGGGACCCUGCGGGGGCUGCGGGCAGAGGGGGGGGAGCGGGGGGGGGCCCUGGCAGAGGAGCUGGCGCAGCUCCGCAACCGGACGGGGCGGCUGGAGGCCGAGCUGGGGGGGCCGAGCGGCGGCCCCUGCCCCCCGUCCUGCGCCCCGCUGACGUCCCAGGAGCUGGAGCGGCUGCGGGCCGAGGUGGACGUCUGCACCGCCGCCUGCCGCCCACCCCAGCCCGGCCCCACGGAGCCGGAGCCGGAGCUGGAGCCGGAGCCGCCGCUGGAGGGGUUCAGCGUCUUCGGGGGCACCUCGCCCUCGGAGCUGCGGGGGCUGCGGGGCGAGCUGGCGGCGGCACUGCUCUCACUCGGCGGGCUGAACGCCACGGUGCAGGGGCUGCAGGAUGCCCUGGACCAGCAGGACGCCCGGCAGCGCCAGCUGGGCGCCAUCACCGACCGCAUCGUGACCGAGCUGGACCAGGCGGCGGCGGCGGCGGCGGCACGGCAGGCCGAGAGCGAGGAGCGGCUGGAGGGGCUGGUGCGGGAGCUGGCGCGGGCCGGGGGCUGCCCGGCCGGCCUGGAGCCACGUCUGGCCAAGCUGGAGGGCGUCUGCGAGCAGCUGGAGGCCGUGGCAGGCGGGCUGCGGGGCGUCCGCGAGGGGCUCGGCCGGCACGUGGCGGGGCUGUGGGGCGCGGUGCGGGAGCUGAACGGCACAGCCCGCACCCAGGCCGCGCUGCUGGAGAAGGCGCUGCAGGCCCAGCUCCCGCACCGGCUCGGCGCCCUCAACGCCAGCCUGCAGCACCUGCGCGGGGAGCUGCUCCGCCUGACCCAGAGGGACCUCACCGGCCCCCCAGGACCCCCUGGACCCGCCGGCCCUGUGGGUGAGAUGGGCCCCCCCGGGCCCACUGGGCCCCCCGGCAAGGAUGGAGAACAAGGCCCCAUGGGCCCCCCCGGGCUGCCAGGAGAGAGAGGCGAGGUGGGGGAGCCGGGCUCCGUGCCCCGCAUCGCCUUCUCGGCCGCCCUGAGCACCCAGCGCACGGAGCCGGGCACCGUCCCCUUCGACCAGGUCCUGCUCAACGACGGCGGCGCCUACGACCCCGAGACGGGCACCUUCACGGCACCGGUGAGCGGGCGGUACCUGGUGAGCGCGGUGCUGACGGGGCACAAGGGGGAGAAGCUGGAGGCCGUGCUGUCGCGCUCCAACCAGGGCAUCGCCCGCCUGGACUCGGCCGGUUUCCAGCCCGAGGGGCUGGAGAAGGAGCCGGUGGCGGCCCUGCAGCCCAGCCCCGGGGCGCUCGGCGUCUUCAGCCUCCUGCUGCCGCUGGCGGCCGGCGAGACGCUCUGCGUGGACCUGGUCUCGGGGCGCCUGGCCCACGCGCCCGACGAGCCCCUCACCGUCUUCAGCGGGGCCCUGCUCUACGACGCCGAGGAGCCCUAG